ACAAGAGCACGGCGUGAACAUGGGGAAGCAAAAGAAAGCAAGAAAGUAUGCCACCAUGAAGCGAAUGCUUAGUCUCCGAGAUCAGAGGCUUAAAGAGAAGGACAGAUUAAAACCUAAAAAGAGGAAAGAAAAGAAAGAUCCCAGUGCACUCAAGGAAAGAGAGGUCCCCCAACAUCCUUCCUGCUUAUUCUUCCAAUAUAACACACAGCUGGGCCCACCUUACCACAUCCUGGUUGAUACCAACUUUAUCAACUUUUCCAUUAAAGCGAAACUUGACUUAGUACAGUCAAUGAUGGACUGUCUGUAUGCCAAGUGUAUCCCUUGUAUAACUGACUGUGUAAUGGCUAAAAUUGAGAAACUGGGGCAAAAGUAUCGAGUGGCUCUAAGGAUUACCAAGGAUCCAAGAUUUGAACGAUUACCAUGCACACACAAAGGAACCUAUGCAGAUGACUGCUUAGUACAGAGAGUAACUCAGCACAAGUGUUACAUUGUGGCCACAGUUGACCAGGACCUUAAACAAAGGAUCCGGAAGAUCCCUGGAGUUCCCAUCAUGUACAUUUCUAACCAUAGGUACAACAUUGAGCGGAUGCCAGAUGAUUAUGGAGCCCCUCGGUUCUAAUUCUUAAAAGAUAGAGUUCCUCUGCCUUCCUUUACCAACUUUUUCUGUUGCCUGUUCGUAUUAGCAGUAUGCUGUAGCAUGAAUUAUUCUUCUUACCCAUUUGCUCUGUUAUGAGCUGACUAUGGUUAAAAACACUCACUUUUUGAUGUUUUGAAAUUGAUAUUUUGUAUCAUUUUAAAUAUUGUUGCAUCUUUUUAUAAAUCAGAUGAUUGCUCAUAU